UUGAGCAUUUAUUCUGGGAACGGAACGAGCUUGUUGACGGUUAGUUGGUUCGAUUACCAUAAGCGCUUGUUGGAAAAGCAAGUAAAUUGUGGGAACCGUUUACAAAUUUCCACAUUUCUUUAGUUUCCACUGGAAUUGAAGCACUGCAGCACUGUGUUAUAGUAUUACAAGACUAGGAGCUAUCUAAUCUGGGCUGGAAGCAAAACACAUUUAGCAAUGAGUUACCGCCCUAUUCCUGGAGAACCUCCACCGCCACCUCCACCAGAGUUUGCGCCUCCUCCGCCACUCGACUUUGGGAUGCCACCGCCGCCACCAGAACACCCUCAUCCUCCGCCUCCCGGUCCACCUCCGCCUCCCGGACCCCCUUCACCAGGAUUCCCUUAUCCUCCGCCUCCCGGACCCCCUCCACCAGAGUUCCCUCAUCCUCCACCUCCAGGACCACCGCCACCUGGCUAUCAGGGCUACUUUAAUCCUCCUCCACCACCACCACCACCGUCGACUCUACCCCCGCCCCAACCCCCUCGGCAGGAAGACGAUGACUGCCUUUCAUGUUUCAGAGGCUGUUUGGCUGCACUUUGCUGCUGCUUCCUGGUGGACUCGUGCUGCUUUUAAAUACAUGCAUCAGUUCUUGCAUUUUUAUGAUGAGUGGUUUUGGUUGUUCUGGGAUAGUAGAGUGCAUCAUUUACAAAAUGAUUUAGAUAAAUAAGGGGAAGAGUUUCUGUAUUUCAAGGAACAUUAUGUGAUUCUAACGUAAUAUAUUGAAAAUUUUAUUAUGUCCUUUCA